AACCGAUUCAGCCAUCGUCAUCUCCAAUCAUCCCCAAAAAGAUGUUCCUUUUAUUUCUAACAAACAUCGUAACUAGGUAUCUGCCUUUCUCCGAUAGUUCAGCCACCGUAUACAUACAAACCAAUGACCCGAUAACAUCUCCGAAUACGUCCUAACCUCUCGAAAGUCGCCGUCGCCCCUCCUCUUUGCAUCGCGGCGACGCGAAACCGACCGAGCUUACCUGUCUUCCCCCCUCUUCUCCUAAUCGCAGCGCCAAGAUGGAACCGUCAUCAGCGUCAACGCUCGAGGGCCUUAAGGCCGCAGUCGAGAACGUGGUUCUCAACCCGGCAUACCACGACAUCCUCGCCGUCAUAAAAGGGGCUCGCAACGGCGCCGUGUACGGGGCCAAGGUGCGCUUCCCGCACGCGCUGGUGAUGGUAUUUCUAUUCCGGUCCGGCACUCUUCGGGAGAAGGUUUCGCUGGUAAUCCGCGCCACGCGCACACAUGCGCAGAACCUAGCGCGCUUCGCCUUUAUCUAUAAGCUGGUGUGCUUCCUACUAAAGCAGUACGGGCCGACACCCGGGAAGGCAGGGCGGUACGACUCGUUUAUGGCGGGUCUACUAGGCGGGUACGUAGUAUUCGGCGGGCGAUCUCGGCGAAGCGGCAAGAUCCCCAGCGUCAACCAGCAGAUUGUGGUUUAUGUGUUCGCGCGCGUCGUGCUAGCGCUUGCGCGGCUCGCCGUGAAGCCCGAGGGCGGCACGGGGUUACCGCUGGUAUCGCGGCAGGGCGUCUCCGAGUCUAUAACGCGCUAUGCCUGGCCCGUGUUCGCGUCGCUCUCGUGGGCUAGCGUAAUGCAUCUAUUCCGUUAUCACCCCGACGACCUGCAACCAUCGCUUCGUGGCAGCAUGACGUAUAUCUACCAGCAGGCGGACCAUUGGGAUAGCCUAAGGAAUUUCAUUUGGCAUAAUAAAUAGCGAGUUGUUUAAAAACGGAAUCAUAGGAGCGCAUGGGAGAGAUCUGGAAAUGGGCUUCGCUACUAUACGAUAUCACCCGAGGCGUUUGUGUUAAAUUCUUGGAUGUUAUAUUAACAUAUAGGUAUACGGCUGUGCGCAUUUAGCAUGGGCAAACAGCCAGGUUCGCAUUGAUGAUGCGAGCAGCACGGAAGAAGACGGAUAAUCCUUCGGCUUGACGGGGGAUCGACUGCAGCAAUCGUGUAUAACCCUCGACAAGAUUCAGCCCUAGUCCCCCUAGCCCCCCUUGCUGCCAUAGGCCGCCUUAUCCUUAUCCGCUUAAACUAAUUGUCACCCAUUAGUAUUGUGGUGGAACGAGCUGGACAGCCCCAAGGCGAUCGACAACAAGGCGAUCGACAAUUAUGUCGGAGGAUAUGGGUUCGCAGAUCUAUCUUGGCAUGCUACGUGGAAGACGGUGUAGGAUCUUCAACAAUGAAGCUUUACGUAAUGUACCAAAUUAUAAAUCUAAAUGAGGCUGUGGUAGCUUGUCAGAAGAAUAUAUAUAUAUAUAUAUAUAUAUAUACCUUAGGUACUCAAUCCAAUGCCUAAUAUCCAGA